UUGAACGUCAGCCUCCUCGGGAUGAGAAGAAGUCAGCGUCGCGCAUUGCGGAGGAGAUGCCGGAGCGAAGCCCACGUCCUUCCCCGUCAUCUCGUCUGUGAAUGGAAAACGUAUUGGAUUUUACGCCUCCCUGCAGACCAGGAUCUUCUGCGUCCUCAAACUAUGAGCAAGCUGCGACCGGAAUCGGGGAUUACAGGGCUCAGAUUGGGUAUCACCUGGAGCAAAGCUCUGGAGUGACCCACACCAUGAAGACCCAAACCGCCAGAGGCGUUACGUCAUCGUCACCCUCAUGCCAGCGAAAGCCUCGCUUUACCUUACGGGGUCGAAAGAAGAAGGACGGCGUGAUCCGAGGCAAGCUUCGCCUACGUUCUAUUGCCGGAGCCUUUCUGGUGCUGGGGAUCAUUGUGGUCAUGGUGGGCACCGCUCUGGCUGUGGCCGGAUACCGAAUGUCACGUUUGUCCAUUAUGGGAGCCGCAGAGGGCAAACGUGUUUCUGAACCUCAAGGGAAUUGGAGUCUGGGAUCUAAGGGCUUCCUGUCAACAGUCAGCAUGAUCCACUGUGAGAGGAUGAAGCUCCUGGGUCCUGUCAUCAUGGGGGUGGGGCUCUUCAUCCUCAUCUGUGCCAACACAGUUUUGUAUGAGAACCGUGACAGGGAGACUCAGAUGCUGCUGGCUCAGAUGCGCAGUGUAAUCUGCUCCGUGUCUGCUGCCGUGCCCUCAGCGGACCUCCAAGAAAUGGCAGCAGCCAACUCGAUGUCCAAACAUCACUGGGUGAGCAGUUUGCCAGCUGCCCAGCUCAACAGCUUCAGUCGGCAACAGCUGGUAAGUUCCGAACCCCUGCUGCAGACUAGACCAGCUAGCGACCAGAGGGACAGAGUACAAGGUGUCUACCAGCAAGUGAUCCUACAGACGGAAGCCCUCCAUCAUCAAGAGUCAGAACCUCCGGCUUCGACCCGCUCCUCCUCCCGUAACUCCAGCCAGGUGGACUUCAACACACAGUUUGAAACUGAGCUGAGUUUUAACCCCCAAUUCAACACCGCACUUGUAAAGCUCAAUAACAGCCUGAUGUCCGCCAGCUCCAUGUCUACCCUGGGGGUGGAUGAUGUCGACAUUCCAGCUGCUCAGCCCCGGCGCUGCCACAGUAUGAGCUACAGGACUAAACCUUACAUGGCUCAAAAUCCUUUGUCCAUGAAGAAAACGUUUAAUAGAGAGGAAAGUGACACUGAUCAACCAUUAACGAGAAGAGAACCUCUUCCACGAGUUUGCAUUAACAUUCCCGGACAAGUUGUAACUGCCACGGAGGAGCACACUUACCAAAGCUGGCCUCGGCUAGACCUGGGCAUAGGGAGACGCUACAUGAAGCUGGAGAACAAAGAGGACUCAGUGGAGAAGCUGCUGGACCAGUUAGAACAGCAGUGCUCUCAGUGGGAUAAAAGUUUUGGUUCAGGACCUUUCCAGUGAUGAAUACCUAAGGAUACUUGCAGAUACUGAAAAAAACAGGAAGUAACGAUUUUCUUACUAUCAAACUGCAUUGGCGACAUUUUUUUUAAUACUAAAUGAACCCGCACUGUUUUGAUCUGUGGAGUUUCUCACUGGAGCAUCUGAAACCUCAGCCUGUUCUCAAUUUUCAGGGAAAAAAAUUGAUGCGCUGGUGGGAUUUCCAUGGGUAAAUUUCUGGAUGAAGGAGAACAUGAAACAGACCCUAUCCUGCCACUGAUGAGCUAAGCAUUUUUGCAAAAAGAAAAAAAAAGUUCAGAUUGGCAGCGGUUAACAGUUUAUUUUCUCAGCCCACAUCCAGGGUUCAGCAAGAUAGUUGGUUGUCGUCACUGUGCAGUCUUAUUUGAACCAAAUUACAUGUUCUCCUGGACCAUUGAAUUGUCACAACUCGUUCAACUACGUAUGUAUAGAAACAGGACACGCUAAGUCCCAUUCUACAAAUACAAUGCAUGUCAGUUAUGUACUGUAGAGUAUGUCACAUCUAAAUACUUAUUGCAGAGAAGUGUCUAUGUUGGUUUGAUGUGCAAGAGCUAAAUGCUAGUGAUGGAGUGAUCCCAAUUUUACACAACUUUGGUCCGAAAAGGCAAAGUGUCAAGUAGCGUAUCUAUUCCAUGAAUCAAAUAUCAGACCAAAACAUAAAUCCUCAGUGUGGAAAAAAAGUACACAUUGUCAUGCUUAGUUCUACAAAAUGAUGAAAGCAAAUAUAAUUACAAUAGGGUUUUAGUCAAAUACAUAGACACACGGAAGUUUGCCGCUCAUUAUAAUGGACACUUUGUUGUUGUCAGUCAGAAUAAAAUUGCAAAUUGUUAACUCACGGCAUGCUUUUUUGAACAUAAAGCGCUGAGAAAAACUCUCAAAGUCACUGAUAAAAGUGAUCUGUUCCUAAAAUAUUAUUUUGAAGGACGAUUUCAGUCUCAAAUCAUUCCGUUGUCUCAGCUUCCUUUUUCAACAUCUAACAAUUUGAAUUCCAACUGGAUAACAAUGACGUGACUUCAUCUGGAAAUCUCAAUCCACUAAAAGGUUUUUUCUUUUUAAAACCGUGCAAAUAUUACUAAAGCCACCGUUCCAUCAAGCAGUCCAGUCCAGUUUGUUUCACCAUAGACAGAUUUGGACAGGUUAAUCCUAAUCAGACCCAUGUGUGUCCAUAGCGUUUGACAAGGAUGCAGUGACAGUUUCGGACAUUAUACACAAACAAUCAACCCAGACAGCGUAAAUUACUCUUUCUCUCAUAUUCGCUACGCUCGCAGCGCUCUUUUCCUUCCAAUUCUACUCUAUAUCUACUCUAUACAGGAGUACUGCAACACAGUGACAAUGAAAGAGUGGUGAAUAAGAAAUAGGUCACUGAUCAUAUGUUUUGGGAAAUGCUAUCAAUCAGAUUGUACUGCUUGGUGGAAAGACCAAAGUUGUAAUUAAGUCAAAUCCCUCUUUGACGAUUACGCAAAUGUUCGUGUGUUGGUUGCUUAGGCAGAACUACCUUUGUCAUGUAAGCUAUGAGGCCUUUUCCCUGUGGUCUCCUGCUGAUUGUCUCCCAGAAUUUAUGAGGGUCUUUCCACAUUAAAACACACACACACACACACACACA